ACGGGGCGGGGGUGGCCUGCGCCUGGGGAACUUGGAGAAAUGCUGGCCCCUUGUCCUAGCAACACAGGUCUGUGGCCAGCAGAGCGAAGCCAGGCGGUCAAGAUGCCUCGUCUUCUUCCCCAGUUCCUUCCUGUCUUGGCUGUCUACUGCUUCUGCAUGCUGCAGAUCCCUGCCUCAGGAGUUUCUCAACCUUCAGUGGAGCCUCCAGAUGGUUUGAACACUGUGCAGCUUGAGGAUAAUCAAGACAUAUUCAAAAGGUUUUUGUUUCACUACUCCAGAACUCAGGAGCCGACAUAUCCAGUUAAAACCGGGCUGCCUGCUGUGCACCCGCUAAUGCGCCUGGCCUCCAAGCUCGCCAGCGGAAAGAUGAAGAGAUUUCCGCAGCCAGAUCUGGGGGCUGCCUCCGUGGACUUUACCAAGAAGGAUCCCAUUGCCACCUUGGGACGGCCAUUUUUCCUUUUCAGGUCGAGGAAUGGAAGGAACCUUGAAGACAAGGCUCAGUCGGUGGACCCAGGAUUCAAAGGCAAAGGAAAAACUGGAUCCAAGGAGGCCAGGCCGUGAAUACUUCUUUCUGUGAACAAUACAUAAAGACGUUUCUGUUGCUCUGUGAUCACUGGACUAUUUAGUUGUGUAAAAAUAAACUAACUCUA